ACGUGGCGUAGGUGAUGACGUGCUGGGCCCGCGCCUCCCCGGAAGCGGGCGGCUGAGGGGUCGCGCGGCGGGUUGCGUGCUAGGCGGCGGCGGCGGCGGCGCAGCUCAGCUCCCCUUCUGCAGCCGCUCAGCGGGCCCGGGCCCGAGAUGGAGAGCGCGAGCCAGGAUAUCAACCUUAACUCUCCCAACAAAGGUCUGUUGUCGGAUACCAUGACAGACGUACCCGUGGAUAAUACUGCUCGUGCAAGGACCUCUGCACCAGAGGGGCUGACUGAAGCUGAGGAAGAGGAGUUAAGAUCUGAGCUUGCCAAGGUGGAAGAGGAAAUUGGUACCUUACGUCAGGUAUUGGCUGCCAAAGAGAGGCACUGUGGAGAGCUGAAGAGAAAACUGGGUUUGACCACUUUUGAUGGGCUGAAGCAGAACCUGUCAAAGAGCUGGCAUGAUGUCCAAGUCUCCAAUGCUUAUACGAAAACAUCUGAGAAACUUGGAGAAUGGAAUGAGAAAGUGACACAGUCUGAACUAUAUCUUUCAGCCAGCAGCACACUGGAGGACUGGAAUGAAAAAUUAACCCAAUCAGAAGCUUAUAAGAAGACUCAGGAAACCCUGUCCCAGGCAGGACAGAAGACUUCAGCUGCCCUUUCCAAUGUGGGCUCUGUUAUCAGCCGUAAACUUGGUGACAUGAGGGCUCAUCCCUUCUCGCAUUCCUUUAGCAGUUAUUCCAUUCGCCAUUCGAUAAGUAUGCCAGCGAUGAGGAACUCUACGACCUUCAAGUCAUUUGAAGACCGAGUUGGAACCAUAAAGUCCAAAGUGGUGGGCAGCAGGGAGAACAGCACUGACCCACACUCCCCCACAGGCUCUGGUGACAAGUCCCCCCAGGACAACGCUCCUUUCUAACCCCUCAGUGUGGCUUUUUGCACGGCUGUGCACAACUGCAGGAGCCCCACUAGUUCUUCACAACAGCAACAGCGUGCAAAUACAGGAAGGGGGCAGUUCCCAUUCUGAAGAGAAGUAUCCAUACAUCCAUACACAGACAUUGCUGCUGGAGUCAAGUAAAAUAAAAAUGUUUUGUACACAAAUAUUUUACACUAAAGUUUGUAGAUGAAAUGUAUCACUGUGCUGUCCUUUUGGGAGAGCAGGUAAAAUGGAGUUUACUCAGCCUAGUCCAGAAAUAGCAUUUCUGGUGCCAAACACGUGCAUUUCUCACUCAGUGAUAAGCUAUUUGAGUAGGCAAGAUUGGGUGGGACGAGCAAAUAUGGAAGAAGCCAACUGCAUGGGAAACACAAAUCUUCAAUUUCUGGCAGCAGCCCUCUGUUCUAAAUUAUCUAUGAAGAGAAGUAGUUCCCAGUCUCCCAUCACUGCUCUCUCCCACUACCAUAGAGGAGCAGGGCCUGAGAGGCAUUGAAAAUCUUCUCUCUCAUUAAGAUGGGAAUGGGGUAAACAGUCAUUUUCUCUGGGCUCCCAAAAAGGAAAUAACUGCCUAGUUGUUACACUAAUGCUCUAGCUUUAACAGAACUAAAAUCUUUAUUUUUAAAUGCAAUGAACUUCAAAAAUAAAAGCUAAGUGAGAGAGCUUUAGCAUCAUAUAGGGAAAUAAUACCUUGGACGCUGAAGUUGAAUCGCAAGCCUUACAUCACCUUAUGCUUUAUUUGUUUUAUAAUCUUUUUAUAUAGAGAGAAAUGUGAGGGUUACAAAGUUGGGGUUGGAGCACUGGAGUUUUGCAUCAUACAAUAGUAGCAGCAUGCCUAUGUGCCAGUUAUUGUGUUCAUUUCAUUGGUGCACUCUGUUGCCUGAGUGUAUAAAACUUGCUUCUCUGUUCUUGGGUGUAUGCCUUCAUCGUCCUUUAAGGAAGAAGCUCUGAAGGCAGCUAGCAGUGUGGCCAGAUUAGAAAAGGACAAAACUCUGUCUCUAGCAAUGUGGGCACUGUACUGGAGAAUCCUGUCUCUACCCUGCUAUUGUAUAGGUGGUUCAGUUUGGAGGGUCCUAAAUCUGAUGGUACAUUCUCUUGGCUAAUAUCUCCACCCAUAAUCUUUGUUUACAGUACUUGCAGAGAAUCCUGGAGACUAACUUAUUGCUCAAGCGUCUGGAUGUUUUGCUAUUCUGCUGUCCGACACUAUCACUCAGGAGCCGUAGAAUGAAAGGUUACCCAAUGGUGGCCUGAUCUUAUUCUAGGCAAAGGUGCCUCCGCAUAAAAACCUAGAGUGAGCAAUUCUGUGCCUUAGAGGCUAAGUGGGACUUACUCAGGUCUUUAGGUUUGCUUACAUACAUAUCAAAUUCGUUUCUGUGGUUUGAGUUCCUCUCGGAUAAGUUUUUUUUUUUUUGCCCUUUAGAGAAGCAAGUUUUGACAUUUUAAUCUGCUGAUCAUAAACCUCAAUAACCACGCUUGUUCCCCCAUUUUGCAGGUGUUUGGGGGAAGCAUACUAUGAAAAAUUAGAAGGCAGAUGUGAUAGGAAAUAGGUGGAGUGUAGAGUGUCAUUUACCAGGUUUUAUUGUUUGUGGCUGAAAUUACCCGCAAUGUGGGGAAAACAGUGUCAGUUAAAUGGGGGACUGCUGGAGCUUAAAUAUUGAACUGUUUCUCUCUACAGGUGAAUGUUGGGGAAAUUUGUCAAUAAAGCUUUCCAUUGGGAAACAAAUUACGUGAA